AUGGCCACCCUGCCCAGUCUUGGUGUUCUUUGGGCAAGUCCUACAAUUCUUAUUCCGACCGUCUUCAUCGCGCUGUUUCUCGCCAGCCGGCUCUUCUUCCCGGGCAAAAGUGGUGGACGACAUGUCCUUCCACCCGGUCCUGCGCGUCUCCCCUUCAUCGGCAACCUCCUCGACAUGCCACCGCCGGGGGUGCCAGAGUUCCAGCACUGGCUCAAGCACAAAGAGCGCUACGGCUCGGUCAGCUCCGUCACCGUCAUGGGUCAGACCAUUGUCAUCCUGCACAGCAAAGAGGCCGCUCGGUUCAUUCUCGACAAGUACUCCAAGAGCACCGCGUCGCGACCGCACAUGGAGUUUGGCCACAACAUGUGCGGCUACGACAACCUCUUGCCGGUGCAAAAGUCCGAGGACGGCAGCUACCGCCGACGUCGGCAGCUUGUGCACCAGCAGCUCGGCACGCCAGCGGCGUCGGAGCGGUACAAGGAUGUGCAUGAACAGCAUGCGGGUGAGCUGCUCCAGCAGGUGCUGGACUCGCCUGAGCGGCUGAUGGAUCAUCUAAAAUGCUGCACGGCCGCGAGCGUUCUAGACGCAACGUAUGGAUACACGCUCGAGUCUUCCACCGAGGUCGACCCUCUGGUCACGCUUAUACAGCGCUUGAUUGACAACGCCACGGAAGCAUUCGUGCCGAUGGCAUGGCUCGUGGACGCCGUGCCGGCUUUGAAAUACCUACCCAGCUGGCUACCAGGCACCGGCUUCAUAAAGACGGCCAAGGCGUGGAAGCAGACUGGCGAGGAGGUCGCCAACAAGCCAUACGCACUCGUGCAAGAGCAGAUGCGCAAUGGGACCCAUCGUCCGUCGUACGUCUCUGGCAUACUGGACAUGCUGGCCCGUGGCGACAACGCGAACGACGACGGCGGCGACAAUGGCGGCAGCGGCAGCAUUGCCGAAGAGCCCUCCCGGGAUCGCAUCGACGAGGAGGACAUCAAGUGGACCGCGGCGAGCAUGUACGGCGCAGGAGUCGAAACAUCCACAUCGACCCUGGAAGGCUUCAUUCUCGCCAUGGUCAUGUUCCCAGAGGUGCAACUCAAGGCGCAGCGGGAAAUCGACAGCGUCGUCGGCCCAGACCGACUGCCCACCUUCCAGGACCAGCUCAACUUGCCGUACACGGCGCACGUCGUGAUGGAAGCGCUCCGCUGGUUCCCCGUCGUGCCCAUGGGCAUCGUUCACACCUCGCAAAAGGACAUCAUCUAUGACAAGUAUCUCAUCCCGAAAGGGUCAUAUCUUCUUCCGGCGGUAUGGUGGUUCUGCCACGACCCCGAGGUCUACGCAGAUCCGGAGGCGUUUGACCCGGAUCGCUACCGGGAGCCUCGCAACGAGCCUGAUCCGAGGACCAUCGUCUUUGGGUUCGGUCGCCGGGUGUGCCCUGGCAGGUACUUUGCCGACUCCAGCCUGUUUAUUGCCGUGGCACGGCUACUGGCGGCCUUCACGAUUACAGACGACGUGGAUGAGCAGGGCCGCGCCACGACGGCUGAGCUCAAGCAUAGGCCGUCCAUGACAAGCCGCCCAGUCAAUUUCCCUUUCAAGAUUGUCCCGAGAAGCGCCAGGCAUGCAACACUUGUCCGUAACUCACAAGCGACUGGAUAA